CAAUUUACGUCUCAGAGUCAGUGGGUUAGUGACUUUAGUCAGUAUUCAACACUGUGCAGUGCUGUGCAAUAUUUGUGUGGCAAAAUAAAGUGCCCUUUGUUUCAUUAAAAUACCUCCAGUGUUAAUAAUACUGCAAAAUGUCUCUAAUUAACGACAAGGAAAAUCUCCACAACGGAAUCAACAACGUGCAUAUCAAGUCACCCGUAAAGAGUAACGUACUCGCAGCACAAAAUGGCAACGUAAAAGAGGAAAAAUCAGAUAUAAUGGAUGUCGAAAAAACUGAGGAGUCUCCUGCGUUUGAUCCCCAGCUGGAACCUCUACUGCGCGAAAAUCCUCGUAGAUUCGUUAUCUUCCCAAUCCAAUACAACGACAUUUGGCAAAUGUACAAAAAGGCUGAAGCAUCUUUCUGGACUGUAGAGGAAGUAGAUCUAUCAAAGGAUAUGCAUGACUGGGAGAACCUAAAGGACAGUGAGAGACACUUCAUCAAGCAUGUGCUGGCAUUCUUUGCUGCCUCAGACGGCAUUGUCAAUGAGAACCUCGUGGAGCGCUUCUCACAGGAAGUGCAGGUCACAGAAGCCAGGUGCUUCUAUGGAUUCCAGAUUGCUAUGGAAAAUGUACAUUCUGAAAUGUACUCUUUGUUGAUUGACACAUACAUCAGAGAUCCUAAGGAAAGAGAUUUCCUAUUCAACGCUAUUGAAACACUUCCCUGCAUCAAAAAGAAGGCAGACUGGGCGCUACAGUGGAUUGGCAGCAAGACGGCAAGCUUUGGAGAGAGAAUAGUAGCGUUUGCCGCAGUUGAGGGCAUUUUCUUCUCAGGCAGCUUUGCCUCCAUCUUCUGGCUGAAGAAGAGAGGACUCAUGCCUGGCUUGACCUUCAGCAAUGAGCUUAUUUCCAGAGAUGAGGGCCUCCACACCGACUUCGCGUGCCUGAUGUUCAAGCACCUCGUGCAGAAGCCGAGCAAGGAGCGCGUGCUCACCGUCAUCAAGGACGCCGUCGUCAUCGAGCAGGAGUUCCUCACGGACGCGCUGCCGGUCAGACUGCUCGGCAUGAACUGCGACCUCAUGUCCGAAUACAUCGAGUUUGUCGCUGACAGGCUGCUGAUGGAUCUCAUUGGUGAAAAGCACUACAACACAAAGAACCCAUUCGACUUCAUGAACCUGAUCUCCCUGGAAGGCAAAACCAACUUCUUCGAGAAGAAAGUCGGCGAGUACCAGAAGUGGGGAGUCAUGGCCAACCGCAUGGACAACGUCUUCACGCUAGACGCAGAGUUUUAGCAUCUUACAGUUAUUUGUAGUAUCAUAUACCCACUAUUAUGCGAAGUUUAACUUUUAAACGCAUUUACAUAGAUAACUUUCUGUAUAUUUUAUACUACUAAGUAAGAUACUUGCAUAGGGCACAGUAAUUAUGGAUUAUAAAUUGUGUAAAGCGUGAUUGUAUGUUUUCUCGAUCGCUGAAAGAGUGUGUGCAUGAGCUGACAGUAUUAUUUGUUCCAAUAAUAGUGAAUUUUUAGCACAUUGAUUAGAUAUCUACCGGUGGAGCCGGUAUGGUUAUUGCUAUGUGAAAAUCUGUUUUCAUAAAUUCCUCUUGACAUCUCAUAGAAUAAUGACUACUAUAAGUGACCUUUAUUGUAAGUACCUGGCGGACAGAGAAUAUAUUAAAUAAGUAUAAAUAUUAAUUUAGAAUGAAGUUUAUUCCUGCAUUUUGUACUUUUUUUAAGAAUUAGUUUGGAUUAGGUUCUUAACGCAUUUUUUCUUAGAAUCGGUAACGUGUGAUAAUAAUGAUAAAUAAAAUUAAGCUUUUAAUGACUACAAAA